CAUAUCUCCUCCACAGGGAGCCUUUGCCGACCCGUUCGGCUCUGAGUUGCCUUGGCCCCUCUCUACAGAUGCCCCACACGUUCUAUUUUAUAUACUCGGCUAUCAGAGCCUGUUAUCGGCGCCAUGUUGGGGUCAUUGCGCUGAGAGCCUUUCGGCAGCUGCACCACUUUGGGAGCUAUAUAACAAGGCGAAGCUACUUAACCGCGAUAAAUAUUCCUAGGAUUUGUGCUAUCAAUGGGUUCUCUAAAGGCCGUUACCCGACUCAGAGCCCGCAAGUGUCAUCUGAAAACCGCGCAUUCCAACUGAGCAAUCAAGCAAAGCUCAGCCUACCUACUCCAACUCAGCACAACCCCCAACAUGGGACCCUUGCGGCCUCCUUAUGUGAUGUCCCUCGCGCACCGGGGCUUUGUAGAAGGUAUAACACUCACCGAUAAAACUACCGAUGCCCCUUGGUGCCACUACUUCGGAGGCCUCCGCUACGCCUUGCCCCCGUCUGCACGAUGGCGGAAAGCCCAGAGGUUACCACCAUCGUAUUCCUAUGGGACCAAAGACCAUCCCAGACAAUGUUCUGGAACGGCUGGUGUCUGUCCCCAGCCUAGCUUUCCAUCCAUUUCUCUCGAAGAUGGCUGGACCGAGGACUGCUUUCAAUGCAAUGUUUGGGUUCCCGUUGGUGAACCACCCAAAGAUGGAUGGCCAGUGCUUGUCUUCAUCCGUAAGAUUCCUCCUUGGAACGAUUCGUUGCAAAGGCUGAUCACAUAUUCUAUACUAGAUGGGGGCUUCCUGCAAUUCGGGACCCCGAAUAGCUUCUCCGCCGGGGCCCUGCUAGGGGAGACGGGAUUCAACGCUAUUGUUGUUAUGCCGGCAUACCGUCUCGGCGUCUUUGGCUUCCUUCAUUCCUCAGAGCUCGAGCACGAUGCCGCAACAGUCAGUGAACCAGUGGGAAACCAGGGCUUCUGGGAUCAGCGACUAGCCCUAGAAUGGACAAGAGACAAUAUUUCACUUUUCAGAGGCAAUGCCUCCCAAAUCACCAUAUCUGGAUACUCCGCCGGCGCUUAUUCCGUCUUCUACCAAUUAUCCUACGACAUCCACCUCCCAGAAGACCAAUCGAUCAUCAAACAAGCCUGCAUUUGGUCCAAUAGCCCUGUAGCGCAACCGAAGGCCCCAUCCUCCGCCCAGACCCAAUUCAACGAGCUCCUCUCCGCCCUGAACAUCCCCCACACCCUCCCCUGGCCUGCCAAACUCUCCCAACUCCGCUCCAUUCCGAGCGCCAAACUUCUCUCCGCAGCAACAAGUAUCGAAACCAACCAGUUCCGCCCCACAACUGACUCCCUCUUCAUCCACCCCACCCUCUUCCAAUCCCUCGACAACGGCAACGUCGGCCGCCGAAUCGCCGCCCGCAACAUCCGCAUCAUGCUCGGCGAAUGCCGCGACGAAGGAGCCUUAUACGCGACUUGGUUCCCGCCCCAGAAUAGCCUUCCCGCACUGCACAAGCGGCUCCUAGCCGAUUACCCGGCUCCCUUGGUAGACACGUUGAUGAACUUGUAUUGUGCGGAGGGCAAGUUGCCGGGCGAGUGUCGGGAUUGGAAUCGUGAUGCCUUUGGGCGGAUCUAUGCUGACAUGCAGGUUUAUAAGAUGCAGCGGGGUCUGGUGCAUUCUCUUGUCCUGGGCGGGGCUUCGCAUCUUCUCUUUCGCUAUCGGAUUGAGUAUCGGCUCAAGUGUGCGGACGAGACUAUCCCUCCUGAAUGGGGUGUUACGCAUGCUACGGAUCAGUAUAUCUGGUUUUGGGGGAAUGGCUCGGUGGUUCGGGGUGAUGAAAGGCGUAUCAUCAAGGAGGCGUUGAUUGAUCCACUGACCAAGUUUGUUCAUGGGGAGCCGGAUAUUCAGUGGGGGACGAAGAGCUAUCGCGAGAUGAGGAAGCUGAGGCCUGACGGAUCAGUAGAGAUUUGGCAGGAUGGUCUCUGGGAUGAGGCAAUGCGAGUAUGGAAAGCUCUCAGGGCACUUGGUGAACAUGACCAAGGCCCUGCUGCUAGACUGUGAGCACUGAAAGUAAUACUCCGUAGUGGAGAGAUGCAUACUCACAGGAGUCUUUUACCCAGUUUGAGUCAGCAUCGAUCUACAAUUGAGAUCCAAACAGGAUGAAGUCAGGAUGAAAUCGUGAAAUCAUUAAGUCACUC